AUGGGAUGGACCUUGAGUCCUCGAAGUUGGGCAGCGGCACGUCACGUGAUUCUGGGUGGCGUUGGAGUUUGCUUAAGCGGUGCCUUUACGUUCGUUUGGCCGCGGCUCUCCGGAAAGUCCAUGGGCAUAGAGGCCUGGCGCUUGUCAAGGACAGAGUUGAGAGAGCUUCUCAACAAGUAUGAGCGGGUUGUGGAGGAUGAUGCGUACUUUCUAGUGCAGCCCAGCAAUGCAGAGCGGCAGAUGUUGGGCCCAGAGCUUUUGCAGCGCCGCGUGUCGGCGGUGCGGAAGGCUUGGAUCGGAGAGUAUUGGGUGUGA